CCUGCUUCACUUACCGCUCCCGUACUGGAUAUUGCCUGAUAUGUCUAGGCAGGGUGGUCUAAGCUUGUGGACAUCGAGGUGUUUGAGAAAUACCACGUGCCGAAAGGCCGUUUGGGUACCUGAGAGGCACAGCACCACUCAUUGCCCCUUUCGGUCACUACAACGCCAUAAGCGGCGGGCUUCUCAGACUCGCCUGCAUGACCCACAACCGAGUCGAUGGAAAAUAUCCGCCCGUCUGCAGCACACUGGCGCCUUCGCAUAUUGUCACUAUCAAAGUGAAUCCAAGGUGGACACGAACAUCCGUCUGGGCAACACCGUAGGGACUCUCGACGAUUGUAUAUAAUACCUGACAUUCUGCCCUUCUCUUCAACUCAUCACAACACAACCCACCUUCACUUCCAGUCCUUCAUUAGCAUUCACAGCCCGUUGAUCGGAGCUCCCAUUCAAUCUUUGAACAAAUCGACACAUCAACCAAACCAAACAACUCCCGCAUCUUCGCAUCCAAAAUGCCUGCCUUCGCACAGCUCGCCGCUCUCGCGGUUGCCGCCGCUCCAGCUCUGGUCAGCGCCCACGGUCACGUUUCUGGUAUCAUCUCCGGCGGAAAGUAUUAUGCCGGUACCACUCCAGAAUGGUUCUACCAGCAGACGAAGCCAAACACUGCUGGUUGGUACGCCAACAACCAGGACAACGGCUUCGUCGAGCCAGCUUCCUACAGCUCUUCCGACAUUGCCUGCCACAAGGGCGCCACCCCUGGCACCAACAGCGUUCCGGUCACCGCUGGUGACACCAUUGAGCUCCAGUGGAACACCUGGCCAGACAGCCACCACGGCCCAGUCAUCAACUACCUUGCCCCUGUGGAUGGCGAGUUCACCUCUGCUACCGCUGGUGACCUUGAGUUCUUCAAGAUUGGAUCUGGUGGUCUCAUCGAUGGCUCUACUCCACCAGGAAAAUGGGAGUCUGACACUCUCCUUGCCAACAACUUCACUGGUGAAGUGACCAUCCCAAGCGACAUCGCCCCAGGCAACUACGUCCUCCGUCACGAGAUCAUUGCUCUCCACUCUGCUGGUCAAGAGAACGGCGCCCAGAACUACCCACAGUGCAUCAACAUCGAGGUCACUGGUUCCGGCUCCGCUAAGCCAGCUGGUGUUGCUGCUACUGCCCUCUACAAGGCUGCCGACCCAGGCAUCACCAUCAACAUCUACCAGACCCUCGACAGCUACGAGAUCCCAGGCCCAGCCCCAUACGGCGGCAGCGGCUCUGGCAGCACUGGUGGCAGCACUGGCGGUAGCACCGGCGGCAACACCGGCAGCGGCUCUGGCGCUGGUAACAGCACUGAGGGUAGCGCCCCAAGCAACACCACCUCUGCCCUUCCUCAGCGCACUCACUCCCGUGACUUCUGCCAGUAGAUGGUGGCUGUCGCAAAUGAUGGAUAGGUGAAAAGGAGAGAUCGUUUGGAUUGUUGAGUUCGGUUGUUCGUUCCAUUCGUUUUCGCAUUGUACGUACAAGUGUUGUUGAUAGGAGGAGAAAAAUUUUGCAUCAGACUCUCUUCUCCAUUCUCUUGACCAUUGCUCAUGGGUCU